GUCAGCCAGCGACAGCGACGUCGGUCGUUGUCUGUGCCCCCGCCUGCCCGCCCGCUGUCUAUGAGCAACGCAGUCUCGCACGCCACAUCCCCCAACAACAAGCGGUCUAGCAAGACGGCGCCCACAACCUCUAUCAAUCAUCUUCUCAACUUUUCGCUUCCGCCCAGGCAGACACAUCCCACCGCCCUCCCGCGCCGCAGCCGCAAGACCGCCCAGCAUGGCGCUGCCUAUAACAAAGAGCGCUUUGUUAAUGCGCAAUAUCGCUUCCUGAUGAACCCUACCGGUGAUUACACUGUCCACUUUGCGGACCCCGACAUCUUCUUCCAAUGGCAGGACAUACUCCAGGUCAUCAUACCUCGCUCGUCGGCCAUCGCCUCCAGCGGUGAUAGGGACGAAGGCCAUACUUCCUGCCCUAUCUGCCUAUCGACCCCUACUGCGCCCCGGAUGACCCGAUGUGGACAUGUCUUCUGUUACCCAUGCAUCCUCCACUAUCUGAACACAUCCGAUAACCGCAAAUGGGUCCACUGCCCGCUGUGCACCGACACCUUCAAUGAGCGCCAGCUCAAGGCUGUCAAGUGGUUCGACGAGUUCUCACUGCUGCCCGAGGAGGAUGCGCAGGAUGCACCUGCUGAUUCGGCUGCUUCCGCGUCCUCGUCCUCCGCGCUUCGCCUGGAGAGCACCCCGAACCCGGGCACGACGAUGCGUUUCCGCCUCAUGCAGCGGCCAAGUAUCACUACGCUCGCUCUCCCGCGCUCAACGACGUGGCCCUCCGACGUGCUUCCGCUACACCAGGCCCCCUUCCACUUCCUCCCCGACGUCUUCACCUACGCCAAGUUCAUGCUCGCUACGCCGGACCAGCUCAUCGCGGAUCUAGCGCACGACCUUGAUGCACUGGAAGGCGAGAAGCGCAUGAUGGCGGGCGACGACCUUGGCAUAAGCUUCAUUGAGGCCGCGGAAACGAAGGUGCGGCAGCAGAUUGAGAAGGCGCGAGCGUUGGAGUCGCCACCUCUGAUGGAAGCUAUCGAGCGUACGAAGCGUGAGCAGCAAGAGUUGGAGAGACGCGCCGCUGCUCGGAAGGCGCAACAGUAUCAACGAUCUGCGCCUGCGCCCGCCGACGAGGUUCCCACCGAGUUGCUCGCGGUGAAGGGCACGCCAUCCAACGUUGCUCCUUCAUCCCCCGCACCUCGGCAGCGUCGCAACCUCAACCCUCCUCCACCAAGCACGUCCACCUACUACUUCUAUCAAGCCGCCAACGGUCUCCCCAUCUUCCUCCACCCGCUCGACAUCAAGAUUCUGCACCAGCACUUCGCGCGGACCUCGCCACCCGACGUGUCCGGCUAUGCAGCCUUACCCGACAGCCUUCGCCUCACUAUCGCGCAUGCCACGCCGACGACGCUCGACCCCGACCUCCGCAAGCGCUGCAAGUACCUCUCGCACGUCCCCGAAGGCGCUGAUGUCGUUUUCGUCGAGGUUGAGGAGGCGAGUCUGGCUGGUGUCGUUGGCCGCGAGGGCUUGCGUGCCUUCGAGGGCGCGUUGAAGACACGCAAUACGCGCAGGCGGGAGAAGGAGAGGCGCGAGGAAAGGGACCUGCGCGGUAGGAGGGAGCGUGCAGCGCAGCAACAGCAGCACGAGCAAGCGACGUCGUGGCUUCCGCCACCGCCCGCGUCAUAUACCCCUCCGCGGUCGGUCUCGCCCGGUGCGACGUCAGAGGACGUCGAGCCUUCGCCUGCUGUCGUUGCUCAGGCUGCGUCGGGCGCUUGGGGUCAGCGCAGCUUUGCGUCGACGCUGUCGACUGCUGCGAGCUCGCAAACACCACGCCGGUCUCGCACGUUGGCGCAGGAGAUGCAGGAUGAGUACGAUUUCGAUGUGGCUUGGCAUGAGAUGGAGCAGCGAGGCGCGUCAGUGGGAAGCAGUGGACGGAAGAAGAAGAACAACAAGAUGGUGGUGCUCGGUGGUGGGGGUGGCAGGAGGCGUUGAGGGAGGGAUGUCGAGACCCAAGAAUGGAAGGCUGUCUGAUUUGUGGCAACGCUGCGGAAUCGGAGGACGUCGCACUACGACUUGUUAGAUGUCUAAGAUUAUUUUGCAGUGUACAGUAGUGAUCACAAUAGCAGAAUACACAUGGCAGUUUCUUCGAA